UUUGACAAUACGUUUAUGAGCUAAGCAUAGAAAAGAUAGGCUCUUCCCUAGAAUGCUACAAGAGCUGAAAAUGUUGUUGAAAAUCAUGUAUGAGUAAUGAAUAUUGAUAAAACAAAAAUUAAAAUUAAUCUUUUCCUUCCUGGUUUUGGAUGUCCCCUCCAAACAUAGGCAGUUACCAAUUAUUUGUGUAACCUUGAUGAAUCUUCUACUCAUUCCAAACGUAAUCAUUCCACUCCAAUAAAUUCCAACCUCCAAUAAAUUUGAUCUCUAGAAAUACUGUUGAGCUGUUUCUAUUUUCAACAGAUAAACUAAACAAAACACACCCAAUCUCCUAAAUUCAAGUGAAAAUUACCUCAUUUUAACAAUGUACGGCCAGCCUGGAUAUGGAGCACCUCCAGGUGGUGUAAACCCUGAGGUUCAACAAUGGUUCAACGCCGUCGACAGGGACAGAUCUGGUGCAAUUAACGCCAAAGAAUUACAAGCUGCACUUGUGAAUGGCCAAGGCAAAAACUUCUCAGAUUCUGCCUGUGCUCUGAUGAUUGGCAUGUUUGAUCAUGACAAAAGUGGAACAAUUGAUGUAAAUGAAUUCCAGCAACUGUAUGCAUACAUCAAUCAAUGGCUGACUGUAUUCAGAACAUAUGAUAGAGACCAGUCUGGAAAUAUUGAAGAGGCUGAACUUGCUCAAGCUCUGCAACAAAUGGGUUUCCGUUUUUCACCGGAUUUCAUCACUCUGCUGAUCAAGAAGAGUGAUGUGCAGUCACAUAGAGUGAUGACUGUUGAUCAGUUCAUUGUUGUAUGUGUGCAAAUACAAAAGUUUACUGAAGAGUUCAGAAAAAGAGAUACAAAUAUGGCUGGAACAAUUACCAUAGGCUUCGAGGACUUCCUAGGACUUGCUUUAAACUGCUCCACAUAAUUUCAUACAAAAAUUAAGUCUAUUGUACACUAAAUUUAAAUUAUUUCAUAGUUAGUGGUUAGAUUCUGGUAUACGCCAUUUUGUUUUCGGCUGCUAAGCUUAAUUUUUACGAUAAAUCAAUCAAUCAUAAUUGGCUUCACACAUUUUGCAUGUUAAAUUCACAAUCAACACCAGAAUCUAACCCAAGUCUUAAAAUUAACAGAUUUUGCCUAUUUUUAAAUAUUUUGACGAUAAUAAAAUAGAUGUGUAAUUAGAA